CUUUCCUCUGUUCCAUUCAUCGUCAGCUGAUCUCAGUCUCUCAGUGUCCGAGUGUCUCAGUGCUCAGUCGGCAAGCGACAAAGGCCAAACCAGGUGCUCUUCUAGUGCUUCUUCAUCUGCCAGACAACCGCGCUACUUUCAAAUUGAAUGCAAUUGGAAGUGAACUAGCACAGCCAGAAGAUGAGUGUCGAUGAUAUCCCGAAACCCAACUAUUCCCCCACUGAACUCCCGGAAGAACUCAAAUCACUACCAGACCGAGUUUCAGAAACUUUAGUCGGAAAAACUUUGCUGAUAACUGGCGGAUCAGGUUUUCUUGGCAAGGUGCUCAUCGAAAAAAUCCUAAGGAAAUCUCCGGAUGUAGAAAAAAUCUACUUGUUGAUGCGAGCUAAGAAAGGAAAAGAACCAAAACAGCGAGUUGAGGAACUGUUUUCUUCUCCGCUGUUCGAUCUGCUCAAGUCGCAGCGUGGUUUGAGCAUAAUUGAGAAGGUGGAGGCGGUGAAUGGAGAUGUAUCUCUGCCCGACUUGGGCCUCAGUGCUCAACACCGUCAACUCUUCAUUGACAAUGUCAACAUCAUUUUCCACGGUGCAGCUACCAUCAGGUUCGAUGAGCCACUUCGCAAAGCUGUGCUGCUUAAUACCAGAGGAACAAAACUCAUGCUGGAGCUGGCUACACUCAUGAAAAAGUUCCAGCUUUUCGUUCAUAUCUCCACAUCCUACUGCCAUUUACAAGAGAAGGUAUUAGAAGAGAAAGCUUACCCUCCUCCAACCGACCCUCACAAGAUCAUUAGAACCUGUGAGCUCAUGAGUGAGGAACUUGUUGAAACAGUCGCCAAAAAGAUUCUUGGAGACUUUCCAAACUCGUAUGCUUACACGAAAUGUCUCUCUGAAGGAAUUGCUGUGGAACACAUGAAUGCUGGAUUGCCAGUUAUAAUUCUUCGACCAUCCAUUGUGAUUCCUAUUUGGAAAGAACCAUUGCCGGGAUGGACGGACAACAUAAAUGGUCCAACAGGUCUGUUGAUCGGAGCAGGAAAAGGCGUUAUUCGUACAAUGUACUGCGAUAAUCAGGGCUAUGCCGAUUAUCUACCUGUUGAUAUAACAGUCAAUGGAAUACUGUUAGCAACAUGGAACUAUCUUGGACUGAAAGAUACUGAACGAACAAUUUCACACUUGACAUCUAGCAUGGAAUGGCAAGUGUCUUGGCAAGAAAUCAUAGACAUGGGAAAGAAAAUAGUGACAGAGAAAAUUCCUCUAAAUAAUGCAGUAUGGUACCCUGGAGGAUCCAUGAAAAAGUCCAAGCUGCUGCAUCAGAUUUGUGUUCUGCUCUUCCACAUGAUACCUGCUUAUUUCCUGGACACACUGAUAAUGCUUUCUGGACACAAACCAAUCUUGUGCAGAGUUCAGGAACGGAUAAAUAAAGGAUUUGAAGUUUUUGAGUACUACGCCAACAACCAAUGGGAAUUCCGAAAUGAUCAAAUACACCACAUGAGAAAAAUAAUGAAUCGGCGAGAAAGAUUUGAAUAUAAAAUAGACGGAGAGGACAUGGAUUUAUAUAAAUACUUUGAGGACUGCAUUUUGGCCGCCAGAAUUUAUAUAUUAAAAGAGAUGCCUGAAACUCUACCUGGAGCCCGCAGACACAUGAGAAUAAUGUACUGGGUGGAUUUCUUCACGAAAUGCCUCUUCUAUGGACUAGUUAUGUGGUUCUUCUUUUCGAAUUCAAGUGCGAUAAUGAACUUCGUACUGGGACUUUUCAAAUUUGUGGAGAGCGCAUUCUGGUACCUGCUCUCUGGAAGAUCAAGCAGUGAGCCAUCAUCAUCUACUCCAGCAUUGGAGCUCUAAACCCUGUUACAUUAUAAUUAAUAGUUUUAAAUUAGUAUCUAAGAAGAAACUAUACUUACAAAAUUUCUUUUUUAUGCCGAAAAUUGUGGUAAAGUGUUUAUAAUAAUUAUUAUCAGUAACAUACGGUAGGAGAAUUAUUAACGUCCUUUUUUUAUUCAACUGAGAACGUUUUAACGAAAUCAAAUGUAUGUUUAGUAUGUUCACUUCCAAUGGUAUAUUCAUUCUACCAUUUCUAUCACUCGUCAUAGAAAUGUAUGUUUCUUGAAGCAAUAUUAUCCUAUAGUGUGGUCCACGUCAUAAUGGCAGUGAAUAAAGAUAAAAGAAUAGCGAUACCGAUUCUCUGCAUUAAUUAAUUAUAUUUGUACACUGUCAAAAACAUAAUUGUCAUCGUUGUGAACCUAGAAAAGGAUAGUAUCACCGGCUUUGUCGAAUGAUAGACAAGGAUAGCAAAACUAAAGUUGAUGAAAUACUGUCAUUUUAACGUGGACCUCACUAUAGUUCACAGUUAUAUUGGCUGUUGAAUAUUAUAUCUAAUAUAGGCCUAUGCCAGUAUCGAAAAGUAGACCAAAUCGCCAAUAAGACUUAAAUAUAAAUUCACCUGCAAUUAAAAUCAGUAAGAAAUCUAUCAAACUGACAAUUAUCAGGUCUGCUUGUACAUUAUUCAGAUGCUCCUAAGCGUUACAACUGCUGAAAAAAAGAAAUUCAACAUCUUUUGAAGAUCUUCAUUAAUAUCUCAUUCAAUACAACUCUGGUACUCAAGUACCUAUGGAACUUCAAUAUACUACGUAGGUGUUAAAUUAUCAAUCAAUAAUUGUACUCUCGAAACUGUUAUCAAUAUAUUUUGUCUAAUGAAGUUUCAUCAGAAUAUGUGAAGCAUAACAAUAAUUGACCUAUCAAAAUAGCAUAUGAAAGUUUGUAACGCUCUAUCUUUAAAUGUGACUGAUAAAGUAGUAAACUAUUAUUAAUUAGCUCAAAGCUUGAAAAAAUAUCAAUCAAAAUUGUCUACUAUUACAACCAAAGAUCUUAGAACUAAAGUUUUGUUUCUGAUAAAGAAUAUUUACAAACAUAAAAAUCUUAUCCCUGGAAACAGCAAUAUAAUUAAGACAGAACAAUAUUGAAAAUAACAAGAGUAUGGAAUAGAUACAAAAAUAGUAUGAAUCAAAGUUAUAAGCCAGAUUUUGCUAAUAAAAGUUCAAAUAUAUGACUGGUGAUAAUCAUAUAAUUUCAUUAUAGAUUGUAAGUCUGGUGAAUGGCUAUUAUGUAGAGACUCCUAGUGGAAACACCAGUAUGCCAUCAAUUGAAUCAAAAUAACGGGGAAUGAUUGAAUUAAUCUUUAAAACUAAGAAGAAUAUACUUUAAAUUGUCACAGAAGAACAGUUCUGGUGAAAACGAUGUUGAGAUAUUGAUGUGUGAGUGUGUGUAUUCUCAAAGAAUUGAUCAAUCAAACGUUCUUAUAAGCCUACACUAGUUUAAUGUACAUUGAUACAAUUUUCAUAAUUAAAUUUAUAUUAGACUACUGUUCAGAAGAAUGUCUAAGAAUUUAUCAUGAAUCAUGUGGUUGUAUUCUUGAAAAUAAAAUAAUUUUCCAACAAGUGUAAUUUAACUUGCAAAUAUUUAUUGGUUUCAUUGUAGAUACGAUCUUUUGAUCUCCAAUCAAAAUCUUCUCAGAAAUUUAUUAUAAGUUUCUCCUCCAAAUAGAAUGUUUUUAUUCAAUUUAGAAGAUCUACAUUUUAUUAGGCUGUGUUUAUAAAAAUGUCUAGGACAAGUUUUCGUUCAGAUUCAAGAAACGAGUAGGUCUGAACAUGAAAAUUGAAGUGAAUAAAUCGGAUGUAGAUAUCAACGACUCAUGUAAAUCGUGAACAAACGCCUAGAUUAGCGUGAAUAAGCAUUAGUAAAUCGUUCAUGGCAAGAAGAUACUCAGAUAUUUACAAUGUUGCAUGAUCAAAGACUUGACGUACUUUUCAAUAAAACGUCGUGAAAACGAGUGAAACAAAAAAAUCUGGUAGUGUUGAAUUGAAUUUUGAAAAAUGAUCACACAAAACUACUGAGCAGCCGGGCUGCCGAGCAGUCACUUUCAUUUCCUUCAAGUAAACUGUUAAUCUAGCAAGGUUAGCCAUGAAAUAUCGAAUUCUGAACUUUAUUCACUUCUAUUCAAUUGGAGUUUUUUCACUCUUAAUUGGUUUGCGAUAGUGAAGCACCUUCAUACGUACUCAACCGGCCCAUUUUUAUGUUUGAGCUAGAAUUAUUUGAGUGAAUCGAUUGAAACUGUGUCCUUAUUUUUGCAGCCCUAAACGACUUUUAUUUUUAAAAAUUCGAUAUUUCAAAAACAUAAAAAAUACAAUUUUUCUAAAAAAACGUCUGAGUUAUAUUCGAAUUCAAUAUUUGUAUAACCUAAUUCUUUUAAAUAGUAUAGUUUCAUAUUUGUAAGAGAAUCCAUAGAAAAUAUUAAACAUACUUGAUUAAUAAGACUUUGAUUGGAAAGUUG